CCAUAUAGCGUGUGGCGUCAGUGCCGAUAAAAUACACAUUUGGUUAUCAGUGGAUUCAAUACCUCAAAUCAACUAAAACUUGUGAGCUGUUAUUGUGCUUGCAUUUGUUUUCCUUCUCAUCCUGAUUCAAUUUUUCUUAAAGGCAGUUUAUAAUAAUGUCUAUAGCUCCAAUAGUCUUAUUUUAUUCUAUUCUUCUGUUUCAGAUGCCGAAAGGCGGAAAUUCAUUUAGUUGCUUUCUCACGUGGCCGCGCGGCUUUGCCCAAUAAUGAAGCUGCGAUCAAUUGAUCAGUCGUCAUAACCCAGGAUCAGUUCUACUACUUACUACUCUUCUUGAUCGCCAUCGACUAUGCUCCUAUCGCAAAUUCAGUCCAUGGUAUGAGCUCGAUGCCUGACUCAUCAACCUCCCCGCAUUCACCCUCAGUACUGUCUGAGCGACGGAGUUGGAGGAGGUUAUCAGGCUUAUCCACGACUUCGACUGCCGAGCAACCGGCCAAUGGCCACUCCACCGCAAUUACAGAAGAAAUCAGUGAGAUCAAACGAUAUGAGGAUUUUACAACGAUCGAUUGGGUUCAGGAUGCGGUUCAUGAGCAAGCGCGACGGAGAGCAAAGCGACGAGAUGGAUUUGGUUUCUGGGAUAAAGAAGGCGCUUUUGGGUGGAGACGCAAGGUGCGCGAGUCCUACGACGCUGGACAAGCUUGGCUAGUUAUCACGAUCGUGGGCGCUGUGAUAGGGUUUAUUUCGGCCUUCUUAAACAUCAUCACCGAGUGGCUGUCCGAUAUUAAGUUGGGCCAUUGUACGACAGCAUUCUACCUCAAUGAAUCAUUCUGUUGCUGGGGUUCGGAGGGAGGUUGUCCUGAAUGGAAGACAUGGACCUCUUUCUGGCUCAUGAACUAUAUCGUGUAUAUCUUCUUUGCGGUGUUGUUUGCCUUUAUCGCCGCGAUUUUGGUUAAAUCAUUCGCCCCAUAUGCCGCAGGUUCCGGUAUAUCCGAAAUAAAAUGCAUCAUCGCUGGGUUUGUUAUGAAAGGCUUUUUGGGUGCAUGGACGCUUCUGAUUAAGUCGAUUGCGCUACCGUUGGCCAUCGCCUCGGGUCUCUCUGUGGGUAAAGAAGGACCUAGUGUUCACUUUGCUGUUUGCGCUGGAAAUGUCAUCUCGCGGCUCUUUAGCAAAUAUAAACAGAGUGCUUCAAAGACAAGGGAGGUUUUGACGGCCACAGCAGCAGCAGGUGUGGCUGUCGCAUUUGGUAGUCCCAUUGGAGGAGUGCUCUUUUCCCUUGAGGAAAUGGCAUCCUAUUUCCCGCUCAAGACCCUAUGGCGUAGCUACUUUUGCGCCCUGGUCGCGACCGGCGUGUUAGCGGCGAUGAACCCUUUCAGGACUGGACAGCUGGUCAUGUUCCAAGUGCAAUACGACCGCACGUGGCACUUUUUUGAGUUGAUAUUCUUUAUCCUUCUGGGUGUGUUUGGUGGGUUGUACGGGGCAUUUGUGAUCAAGUGGAACCUCCGAGUUCAAGCCUUCCGGAAGAAAUACCUCUCGCAGCAUGCUGUUAUGGAAACAGUAGUAUUGGCCGCCAUAACGGCGUUACUGUGCUAUCCCAACACGUUCUUGAAAAUAAAUAUGACGGAGAUGAUGGAGAUCCUGUUCCGGGAGUGUGAAGGCGGUCAUGACUACCAUGGUCUUUGCGAGGCCGAAAACCGGUGGUCCUCGGUCAGCUCGCUUGCCAUCGCCACGAUACUCCGCAUUUUCUUGGUCAUUAUAUCGUACGGUUGCAAAGUACCUGCGGGGAUUUUCGUGCCAUCGAUGGCCAUCGGAGCGUCAUUUGGCCGCUUGGUUGGAAUCCUUGUCCAGGCGUUACACGAGCACUUCCCUGACUCGGCAUUUUUCGCGUCCUGUGAGCCGGACGUGCCAUGUAUUACCCCAGGAACCUACGCUUUCUUAGGUGCAGGAGCAGCUUUGAGUGGUAUUAUGCAUUUAACUAUCUCUGUCACUGUUAUUAUGUUUGAGUUGACUGGAGCAUUGACUUAUAUCCUCCCUACCAUGAUUGUGGUAGGAAUUACGAAGGCCGUCAGUGACCGUUUCGGCAAUGGUGGCAUCGCGGACCGAAUGAUAUGGUUUAACGGUUUCCCUUUCCUUGAUAACAAGGAAGACCAUGUCUUCAAUGUCCCCGUGUCGCACGCGAUGACGGCCGACCCUGUCACGCUUCCUGCAUCCGAUUUCCCACUGCGCGAAGCAGAGCACCUUUUGAGCGACAACAAAUUUCAGGGUUUCCCCAUCGUAGACAACCGAACAAAGAAGACCCUGGUAGGAUACAUCGGCCGCACAGAACUCCGGUACGCCAUUGAUCGUAUCAGAGCGGAAGGCAUACUGUCCCCCAGUGCCCGGUGCGUAUUCACUAAAGAAGCCGCCGAGGCUUCCGUAGUGCAUAGGGCGUCUUCCACCUCACGAAACCACUUGGCUCCUGAUACCUUUGAUGCCAUCCAGGACAGUGUCGGCUCUAGCUACGUUGACUUCAGCAGAUAUGCGGACCACACACCACUAACCGUGCACCCACGUCUUCCCCUAGAGACCGUGAUUGAAAUCUUCAAGAAGAUCGGACCUCGCGUGAUUCUCGUGGAGCACCGCGGCCGCUUGACCGGCCUCGUCACCGUCAAAGACUGUCUCAAGUACCAAUUCAAAGUCGAAGCCCAGGAACAUGCCCUUGCCGCAACCCAGGCCACGGAAGGUCCCUUUGGCGGCGAGGUGAGUGCUCGCUCCAGCGACACGCUAGAAGAGCGGGUAUGGCAUUUCAUGCAACGGGUGGGCUCCCAACUACCCCGUUGGCGACGAACAAAUCGAGUCGCCUUACCCGACCAGCGCGAAGGAAGAGGCAUGCCAACUGGCACUGAUGACGAAAAUGACAGACUGAUGGAACUAGAAGAACGGUAACACUGAUAUCCCUGUUCAUGUUUGUAUGUAUAUAUAGAUAUAGAGACUGUAUGACCCUGAUUCUCCAUGCAUGUAUCCAACAAGUCCAAAUCCCAAUACAUAUCCUAUC